AUGGAUAAACUUACCAUUAUCUCAGGAUGUCUCUUUCUUGCUGCCGAUAUUUUUGCAAUCGCAAGUGUAGCAAAUCCAGACUGGAUUAACACAGGAGAAGCAGAGGGUGCUCUAACCGUGGGUCUGGUCCUGCAAUGUCAGACCAUUCAUGGUCGGAAGAGGAUCUGUAUUCCGCCCAGGCUCCCCCCGGAGUGGGCCAUGACGCUUUUCUUUGUUCUCAUGGGCAUUGUCUCCCUCACUGUCACUUGCGGCUUGCUGGUGAUCUCACACUGGCACAGGGAAGCCACAAAGUAUGCCCGAUGGAUCGCCUUCACAGGAAUGAUCUUGUUUUGCAUGGCCGCCCUUGUGUUUCCCAUUGGAUUUUACAUCAGCGAAGUUGGAGGUCAGCCAUAUAAGUUACCCAACAACACCGUGGUGGGGUCAUCAUAUGUGCUCUUCGUUUUAUCAAUAUUUUUCACAAUAGUGGGACUACUGUUUGCUGGCAAAGUCUGUCUCCCUGGCUGA